GGACGAGCCUUCAUCGCUGAGGCGUCUGUGUCUCUUCAGCCUGGCGGAGAACAUGAAGGACAUAUGGACACAGGACUACGCCAACAACUACAUGGAUCAAUACUUCUUCCGAUACGUCAUGGGGCCCUUCAGCCUACUGCGUACGUACCUCUGUGUGUGUGCGUGUGUUAUGCCAUAAUACAGCUUCUACCACAGCGUUGUGAAAUCAGUCGGUUUGUUAGUGAACGGUCUCCUGCAGGUGUGUUACGUUUACAUUUACACCAUUUGGCAGACGCCCUUAUCCAGAGCGACUUACAGAAGUGCUCUGAGGUCAUGAUCAACAAAUACAUCCUGAUGCUACCAGUUCACAAGGUGCUGGACUAAGAGUACCAUCAGUCUAAAGUGCUAAUUUAAGAACUUUAGGAUCAGGUAGGUCUUUAGACGUGGUUUGAAGACCACCAGUGACCCAGCUGUUCGGAUGUCUAGGGGAAGUUCAUUCCACCACCUGUAGGUGCCAGAAUAGAACAAAUAAGAUGCAUGUCUUCCUUGUACCCUGAGAGAUGGUGGGACCAGUCGAGCGGUGCUAGAGGAUCGGAGGGAGCGUGGUGCAGUGCAGAGUGUGAGAAGUGCUUGUAGCAGGAGAUCUGAUCGAGGAGCUGAUGUGUGUUCUGUCUCGGAGGAAGCUACUGUCUCGUGCAGCUCUGCAUCUCCUCCUGCUGCCACAACUACACACACUCUCACUGUCACAGUCCGGUAACCUCGUCACCGCCAACCUGUGCAGCCUGAUUACUGUGCGCUGUCAGUCUCUGAAGUGUUUAGAUCUGAGUGGAGCGCAGAACGUCUCCUCUGCUGCUCUGUGUUCUCUCCUCAGCGACCUGUCCUGCCUUCACUCUCUCUCUCUGGCUGGAACGCUGUGCGACCGUGCUGUGAUUGCUACAGUGGCCCGGCGGUGCUCGCUUCUUCAGCACCUGGAUGUUUCCCGCUGCCUCCACCUGCCCCCGGCUGCCCUGUUGCCCCUGGCGCUGCAAGGACCUAAACGUCUCGCCAGCUUGCUGGCUUUGGACAUUGGUUUAGGAGAGCACGAGGAUGACGGGCUGGCUUCGGCUGCCUUCCUCCUGCUCAGCGUGUCCGGUCUGCAGCGGCUGGCGAUCGAGGGUCUCGGACACGCUUGUACAAUCAUCCAGAAUCGGGAUUUCGCUGUGACGGAUGGGUUUACCGCCCGAGAGGGCGUGCCGUGUCUUGGCGAAUUAUGGGAUGCAAGAGUUCAGGAAAUAGAAGUGAGAGAGGAUGAGGAGGAUAGAUUCACUUUGGAGGAGAAAAUGGACAGAUCCUUGAGCUUGGAUGAAGGCAGAAGAACAGACGCACCAAGGGGACGUUUUAAAUUACGCCUCCGAGAGGUACAUGGACUGACCCUCGACAGUCUGGAUGCUGUCAGCAACGCCUGCCCUGAUGUUCGUGCUGUAUCUCUAAACUGCCAUGAUGAUGAUGAUGAUGAUGAAGGUUCCUCCCAGAGCAUACGUUUGACUCGGGGCUUGGCUCGGUGGUCAGGUCAGCUGCACUUCCUCUCCCUGCAGUUCUCCGGCCUGCUCUCAGAACUGGUUCCUCCUCUGCAGGUUUCCGGGUCUUGUCUCCUCUCCCUCACACUGGAGGGCCUCCAAGCCGACGGGAACCUGCCUCUCAUUGCACUCCUGCGUGCCUGCCCUAAACUCGCCUCUCUCGCACUCCACAUCGACCCUCCACGUUCCAACCAAGAAGAGGAUAAUGAUGACGAUGAAGACGUAGAAGACUGGGAUUUACCGUGUCUUCCACACCUCCGCACUUUAACACUAAUUUUUUCCUUGGAGGAGAGCCGGCUGAAGCCUGUGCUGUGCUGGACUUCCCUGAAGGGGGUGCUGUGGUCCUUGCUGAGAGGCUCCGUGCAGCUCCACACGCUGUCUCUGAUCGCCACUCCUUGUCGCCUGGAUCCGGUGUUCAGACUGGUCCUGGAUCGCCACGCCGAACCGCUGCGGCGUCUCAGACAUGUCAGCCUGCAGCGCUCUGACAUCACCAUGGAAACGGCGACGCGACUCGUGGACUCCUGCCAUCGCUUGAUCAGUCUGGAUGUGAGCAGCUGCUGGUCUCUGACUCGGAGCAACGUCACUAAAUUACAGAGCCGAGCCAGGAGGAGGCGCCGUCAACUCCACAUCACAUGGACAUGAGGUGGAGAGGAAGUGCAUUAUUUUUAUAUAUAUAUAUAUAUAUAUUAUAUGAUCAGGGUUUACCAGUGAAGUCAGGAUUCUUUUUAAAUCGUUCUCUUUGUUUACUGGUUUGAGCUGUCUGUCUUUUUAAAGAUACCAGACACUACUAUUUUAUUCAUGAAGUAUAACACUGUUCUUCUCAGAUUCAGUGUGUGUAACUUUACAGUCGGCCAUGCUGUCAUUUCUGUGCACUUUUGACUUUAAUAUAUCAUGAAUUGAUAAUAUUUUCAUUUUAAAGUAUAACACUGUUCUGUCUUCUCAGAUUCAGUGUGUGUAACUUUACAGUCGGCCAUGCUGUCAUUUCUGUGCACUUUUGACUUUAAUAUAUCAUGAAUUGAUAAUAUUUUCAUUUUAAAAUUGGUCUUGCAUUUGCUUCUUUGACAUUUUUUUUCUUUUUUGUCACGACAGACUGGUACAUGUGAACACAUUUCUUUGUCUACUCUGCAUGUGUUAUUAUAAUGCUGCAGUUUUGUUGUUCCUUUCUUCCUUUUUUUAUUUUCCGUUACAAGAAAUAAAUGAAAAGACUCUGAUUUAGA